AUGAACGUUUAUUUGGAGUUGUCUUUUACCGCACCAACGAAGAUGAAGAUUGCCCUUGUCACCAGGCCUGGCGGAGGAGCAAUUGAUCAGCAGGUACAAAGGGUGAAGACUGAUGGGCAGAGUACGCAAAGGCCUUUAAAUUCAUCAUCAAGGGCUCUUGGAGCUGCCAACAGCAUGUACCAGUUAGUUUGCCCGGAGUUUCAUCAAAGGGAGGAAGCAAACCGUGACUCUUCAGGUUGGAGAGAGAUCAGGCCUGCGAAUUUGAUUGGUUUGGUCUAA